CUCGUAUAUUUGCAGUGGAAACGAAAGUACUUUCGAUUUAUUUUUAAUUUAAAUUGAUAAAUUUGGCAGCGAUUUUGGAAGGUAGAAGCUAUUGUUUUACCAAGGCACGAUGGGGGUUGAUAUCAAAACAUAUCGGUGCCAUUGGGUCAUACAGUGUGCAAGGUAGCUUUGGAAGUGACAGAAACCUCCAGAGGGGAUUGGUAGUAAACAGUUGUGUAAAACAUUGUGCGUUUCAAACUGUUUGGCAUAUGUUUGAUUAAGCUAAGAUAUACUGCAAAGCAUCAAACUAUGCAUCGCAGUUGAACGAGACGGGAUGUGAAUCUCCACACGCAUACAGGCAUAAAAUCACUCAAAUUCUGUUAUUGAUGUCUGGAGUUGAAUCAAACUCACGGCCAAAUUCGACAAGUUCCGAAGACGAGGAACAGAACAACGAUGCAACGGAUCGAAGACUGCCGAACAGUUGUGAAGAUGGUAACCUUGCAGCAUGCAGAACUGAAACUAAUAAGCGUGCAGGUCCCUCGCAAGAUGAGCGUCCGACAAGCGGUGCGACAGAUCCCAGAGAACUAACGAGUUGUGGGAAUGGUAAUGGCCAAGCAAGCACUUCAGAACCUAGCCAGUAUGUAGAUCCCGCUCAAGUGAACAACAACUCAACACACGAAGGAGAGAUUGAUAAAAGUGUGAGGAACCAACUUCAAGAAAGUGAAACUAGUUCUGAAGAUGAGUCCUUUUCAACUCUCUUACCGACAAAUGAAGUACGCCUGCGAAAUGAGCGGGAACAGUUUCAAGAGCAAAGCAAUAAAACGAAAGACGAGAUUCCCACAACCAUUGUAUUAUAUCAAAGACAGUCAGACAGACAAGGCAGCAAUGCAGAGGAAAACAUCGUGGAAAGUAAUAUAUGUGUUUUUCCCGUUCAAGAUUUCACAGAAAGACGCUUCCAUGCCAAGCAAGAGCAGUUCCGACCAUUACAAUCUCGACGAGAUACAUUUGCAAACCAGCAUUCACGAUUUCAGAGGCCAACUUGGGAACAAAUCGCUGAAGCAGGGUUUUAUUACACGGGGUGUGACGACGAGUGUUAUUGUUUCGCCUGCGGUUGUGGGUUGAACACAUGGGAACCAGACGACGAUCCUUGGAUAGAACAUUGCCGAUAUUCCGAUGAUUGUCCUUAUGUAUUGGAAGUCAAAGGUGCUGCAUUUGUAAACCGUUACAGACGAAGACCAGAGUUCACUGCUGCCCAGACCGCGUCAAAUGAUGCAGGGACUGUCGGAGGGCUUUCAUUAAAUCAUGAUACAAACACACGGCGUGUUUUCAACAGGGUCUCAGGAGAACAUGACCAAAAUCUUGAUCUUGUGCAAAGAGGCAGACUCUACAAUGUCACUCAAGAGCAGUUCAGGAAUCCAUUUCAUAAUCAGGAACGUGCUUUAAACCAGCAUAACAAUCGAAAUGACACUGCUUCACAUGGCGAUAAUGUUCAGGCAAAUUUAGAAACACCUAACUUGGUGUAUCCUAUGCUUGUCCAACAAGGGCGUGUAUUGUAUGAGAACAGAAGGUUGAAGAUGCGUCUUAUGUGUCAUAUAUGCAAAACAAACAAAGUGGACGUUCUGCUUCUACCAUGCAAAGAUCAUAAGUUCUGCAUGGACUGCACACAUAACUGUGAUGUAUGUCCAUACUGCAGUAGACCAAUUAGGGAAAGGAUUCGUACGCAUAUGACGGGGCGAAUGAACUAAAUGGCACCUGGCGGACCUCAACAAUGGGACAGUAGACCUGUGCACAUUACUUGGAUUUUAUAUAACGCUUGAGUAUAUGUCAAAACAGUGUGCGUACUCACCUAUAUAUGGCGCUAACGUUUUCGAAGUGUGCUGCAAUCUCUAAAAUAUUCUAAAAUUACUUAAGUUACUUCGAUAAGGCAAAACAUUCCGUAAUCACCGAUCACAAAUGUAUACUUCAUGAUGCAAAUAUCUUCAAUCUGAACUGAACCUACUGAACCUAUCCUGUCUAACAGCAUUUAUAUCGUGCUUAUAAACAUCGUUAUAAUAAAAUAUGGAUUUGAAUAAAAAGCCAGACCAAUAAGCACAAAAGUAAUUUCGUAUAAAAUCAUUUGCUUCACAAUUACCCGUGUUAUUGAAAUAUAUAAGAAACGUACAGCAUAAAGACGAUUAUUUUCGAAUACAUAACACGAUAUAACAUAUACCAUUUGAUAAAACAAAUUCCCGAUCGGUCAGAAAAAUAUUAAAUCCACAUGCAAACCAGAACCUAACCCUAGUUGAUGAUCUCACACUCCCCGCAGAAUCAGCAAAACACAUGGGAAUAAAGUUUCACAUAUCGCUUAAGUCGUCAUACGCAGUUGCCGAACGAAUAUGGAAGGGUCGGUCAUCUGUGUUUUCCAUAAUGACAAUAAUGUAAACAACAUUCCACAUAAAUCCGCUGAAAAUGGCCAAUCGCGUGGAAAAGGUACCCAUCCCCACAGCACUGUACGGAUCGAAACUCUGGUCAUCACUAACAAACUACGAUGACCUUACAAUAGAAAAAUUUACAGCAAAAAUGUGUCAAAAUUUUCCAACUCGCACAAUAACUGAUAUGUCAUCGGCUGGCUACCAAUCAAUGCUUAAAUCGACUAAAGAAAAUUGUUGUGCUUUCAUAAAUGCUGUUGUAUGAACACUUAAUAUCUCACAAAACAACUAUUUUAAGCAUCACAGGGGAUACAGAAUUUGCUCGAUGUAGUGUCGUUCACCCUCUGAUUAUGGCCGCUCGCAUCUGGACCGCGGAAACAACUCGUGAAACAACGGAAUCAUCGGCAACUAUGCGUGUUUUAGUGAACACAAGAACAGACUCUCGGACAUCAUUGCAGACAAAGUGGUCUUAUAAUCCUUAACAGCGACAUUCUUGCCGUCGCCUCUUGUCAAAGACUGAGAGAAUAUAGACUUACAAUCCUACGAGCGUGUGACCUUCUCUCCAGUAUGUUUUCAUAUGAUAUGGUGACAUCAUUGCUAUCAGCGGCAAACAUGACCAAUGACGAGACAGCCAGGAGUAUAUAUAACUUCAUUCAUAUGUUUAUUGCGUAAAAAUAAUUGAUUGUGUUUUUAAACAAACAGACUGUGUAUUGAUCUUUGUAUGCCCCCGGAUCGAAUGAUCGGGGGUAUAUUGUUUUUGGCUUGUCUGUCUGUCUGUCAAUUGGUCAGUCAUUUAUUCAUUCAUUGUAUGUGUGUGUCCCAAAACUUUAACCUUGGUCAUAACUUGUGCAAUAUUGAAGAUAUCAACUUGAUAUUUGGCGUGCAUGUGUAUCUCAUUGAGCUGCACAGUUUGAGUGGUGAAAGGUCAAGGUCAAGGUCAUCCUUCAAGGUGAAUGGUCAUAUAUAUGUCUUCAAAGCGGCGCAAAAGCUGUAUAGUUACUUCACUCAGGUCGCUGUAGAGUAACGAACAAGAUGCAUUUUAUGCCAAUAUUGAAAAAACAGGUUUAACUAGUUUUUUUCUGUUUACUUUUAGGGUCCAGCUUGUGGACGAUAAAAUGAUUUAAUAUGUCAAAGUGAGACGUUUUAUUUAUCACUUUGUAAAUAAUAUUCAGAUGUAAACUAUAGUUCUUGUAAAUAGUACUUAAUUCUAUAUUUAUAUAUGUAGAUGUAUGUUUGCUUUAUACUUAAUGUAUCUUCAAUCACUAAAGAGUGAUAAAGUAAAAUAAAGAUUGUUAAUACUUAACACUUCAGCUACACAUCCUCACAGUUACUUCACUCAGGAUGCUGUUGAGUAACGAAAAGGUUGUAUUUUAUGCCAUCAAUAUGUCAAAGUGCGAAUAAUCUGUCGAGUAUAUAGAACCGCCAGUUUGUGUACACAUUGUCAUGAUAUCAGUUAUAUCAACACUUAACGUUACGCUCUGCCCCGGAUCGAAUGAUCGUGAGGAUAUUGUUUUUGGCUUGUCUGUCUGUCUGUCUGUCUGUCUGUCUGUCUGUCUGUCUGUCUGUCUGUCUGUCUGUCUGUCUGUCUGUCUGUCUGUCUGUCUGUCUGUCUUUCAGUCAUUCAUUCAUUUAUUCAUUCUUUGUAUGUGUGUGUCCCAAAUCUUUUUCAUAACUUUUGCAAUAUUGAAGAUAGCAACUUGAUAUUUGGCAUGUAUGUGUAUCUCAUGAUGUUGCACAUUUUAGUGGUGAAAGGUCAAGGUCAUCUUUCAAGAUCAAAGGCAAAAUAUAUAGAUUCAAAGCGGCACAAUAGGGGGCAAUGUGUUUCUUAUAGACACAUCUCUUGUUGAACAAAAUAUUCAGAUUUUAAUGAUGGUUCUUGUAAAUAGUACAUAACUCUAUGUUUAUAUAUGUGGAUGUAUGUUUGCUUUAUACUUUACGUAUCACCAAUCACUGAAAAGUGAUAAAGUAAAAUAAAAAUUGUUAAUACUUAACACUUCAGCUACACAACUUUAUAGUUACUUCACUCAGGUCGCUGUAGAGUAACGAACAAGAUGCAUGUUAUGCCAAUAUUGAAAAAAAAGGUUUAACUAGUUUUUUCUGUUUACUUUUAGGGUGCAGCUUGUGGACGAUAAAAUGAUUCAAUAUGUCAAAGUGCGACGUUUUAUUGAUCUCUUUGUACAUAAUAUUCAGAUGUAAAUUAUUGUUCUUGUAAGUAGUACUUAACUCUAUGUUUAUAUAUGUGGAUGUAUGUUUGCUUUAUACUUGAUGUAUAUUCAAUCACUGAAAAGUGAUAAAGUAAAAUAAAGAUUGUUAAUACUUAACACUUCAGCUACACAUCUUCAUAGCUACUUCACUCAGGUCGCUGUGGAGUAACGAACAAGGUGUACUUUAUGCCAAUAUUGGAAAAAAAGGUUUAACUAGUUUUUUUCUGUUUACUUUAAGGGUCCAGCUUGUGGACGAUAAAAUUAUUCAAUAUGUCAAAGUGAGACGUUUUAUUGAUCUCUUUGUACAUAAUAUUCAGAUGUAAAUUAUGGUUCUUGUAAAUAGUACUUAACUCUAUGUUUAUAUAUGUGGAUGUAUGUUUGCUAUAUACUUUAUGUAUAUUCAAUCACUGAAAAGUGAUAAAGUAAAAUAAAGAUUGUUAAUACUUAA